AUGAACUCGCAAACGGAGGAUUCAUUUUCCGAGUUUCAAAAGGAGUACGCUUGUUUCUUGGAAGAGAUGUCCGGGAAAGAGAAAGACGGUGAUCCACCCAGGACAUCAGCAUCUCGUGAAUCGACCAAGCGAUCCAGUAACUCUCCGGCUUCAAACUCUCAACAAGAAGCUGAAAAAGUCAACGUGGAGACAAGAAGCGAGAAGGUCGAAAAAUGGUUAGCCGACUUCUUUGCCUUCAAACAAGCCAAUUUUUACGCCGAAGGAAUUCAUUCUUUGCAUGGAAGAUGGAAACAAAUAUUGUUAACAUAUGGUGAAUAUAUUGUUGAU